CGGUGCUGGGUUGGUGGAGGCCAGUUGCUCAUCUGCUGAGGCCCCCCUCUCUCAGUUCUGCAUCAGGGUGGAGGUGUGUACAGCAGCCCCUGUCCUGGCCAGGAAGCAGCUGUGUCAGGACACAACGUGGUGGGCUCAGGCGGCCUCCCAGCCUUCCCUGCACUUGCCCUGCAGUUCCAGGGCACCUGGUACAUGGUCGGGGUGGUGUCAGAUGACCAGGACUUCCUGGACUCCAAGGACACCAUGAAGAUGCCUGUGGUCUUAGUGACCCCCUUGAAGAACAGUGACCUGGCCCUCAAGUUUGGAUAUCCCAUGUCCAAUGGCGAGUGCCAGGAAAUGGACACAACCUUCACCAAGGGUGCUGGGGGGCAGUUCAGCAACCCAGCCAUGGCACUGACUGAUAUCCGAGUGGCCUUCUCCGACUACCAGCACUUUGCCUUGCUGUAAUUGGAGACGCGGAAAGGGGGCCUGCAGAACCAGUGACUGCAGCUCUAUGGUGGGCGGGCUGCGGGGCGGAGGCCCAGACACCCCAGCUUCGGGUCUGGAAUGUCCCCCCUGUGCCUGCACCAGUGCCUUCUGCAUGGGGAAGGCGGGGAAGGCGGAACCGCUGGCUCCCGGUGUCUGUGACUGCGGGUCCCGGCCUCUCCCCGCCCCUCUCACCCUCCCUGCCCCUCUCGCCCUCUCUUCGCCCCUCCAACCCCUUCCCUUUAGCUCACCCACCCUCCCCACCUUCAGCUCGAGCCCUGGAGCUGUUUCCCGAAGGCGCCCAGAAGAUGCAGCUACUGGCGCCCCAAGUGGGCCUGAGCCCCAGCCAGGGCGUCCUGCUGCGGAAGUUGGACCCCCAGACUGGAGGCGCCGGGAGGGCGGGACACGGACACCACGCAGCGCGCGCCCCAGGCUCCAGCGGACACCACCGCGGGUCGUGGCCUUCAGGGUCCUCCCAAGCGACGGGCCGAGUCAGUGUCGGCGGCUUCCAUCCCCAGGCGCCACGCCGGGUCACCCAGUUCCCCCGGCCCCGACUCCGGGCUCCAGGUCCCGCCCCACAGGCCUGGCUGUUCCGGAGACCAAGGAAGCACCCCCAACCCUGACCCAGGGCCUGCCCACCGAGAGUGGAGGGCGAGGAGGAGGACAGGAGGUGCUGCAUAAAACUCUGCCCUGCCUUGAGUCUAUGUAGGACAGUAUUGUCUUUUACAGACAAGUCUUGAAGAAUUUGAAGGAAAAUAACCUACUCGCUGUAAUGUA